UUCUCUGCCCUCUCCGGCUCACAACAAACGCGCUUCCCACCGGUGGGAGACACGGGAGAGCGCCACGGAAACACAUUUAACAUGGAGCCGAGCUGGUCAACUCAAGUGCUUCUGGAUAUGACGACUCGAAAAUAAAAAAAACAACGUCACAGUCGAGUUUCUCUCAAGACAUUUGAAUUAAAAACGGAGCAGCUCUCCUGGAUGUUCGCUGUUCAAGACUGUGAGAACGGAGAGGAAAGGAGAAAAUGAGGCUCUUCUCACCAGUUUAAUUCCUGCGAUGUCCAACAGAGCUGUGCACGCUGGCGUCCAGACACUGAAAAACAGGCUUCUUUGACAGAACAAGUGAUCCCUCACAGUUGUCACCAUGGCCCUGGUUCAGGCUCUUCCCAUAUCUGCUGAGCCCCGCACCCCAGGCCACGGAGGUGGCGCACGCAGACGCCACCGCUCCGGCCCCUCCCCCCCCAUCAACCUGCUGCCCCCCGCGCUGGACCCCAUGGGUUCUGUCAGCAGCCUCGUUGCCAGCCGCCCCUACCAGGACCACCGCUCUGGCGUUGAGCCGGGGGCCAGAGUCCGACGGCCCCCAGCUGGACCGUCAUGCCUAGGAUCGGAGUCGCCCCAGGACCCGCUGCGGCACAGCUCAGCGACAUCCAGCAGAGGGCUGGAGAAGGAGAGCGGGAAUGGGAACUACACCUAUGCGAACGAGGACUAUGUUGGCGACUGGAAUGAUAACCAUGUGGCACGGACCAGCCCGGGAUGUGAUGCAGAUGAGACUAGAGGGUUAGGGUUAAAUGGAAACAUGGGGGGGCCUCCUCCAAAACUGAUCCCAGUGUCUGGAAAACUUGAGAAGAACAUGGAGAAAACGGUGCUGCGGCCCACUGCCUUCAAACCCGUCAUUCCCAAGAGCCGCUCCUCCAUGCAGUACCUGUCCCCGCGCCACUGUGCCAACGCACCAGAAAGCCAAAACAACCUGAACCUGCUCAGCCCCUCCCAGCGAGAGGCGUCCCCGUCCUGCUCCGAGAAGCGCAGCUCCUACGGCGGGGGCCGGAACGCCAGCGGGGGCAGCAGCCAGUCCUGCUCGCUGUCCGACUCGGGCCGCAACUCGCUGUCCAGCCUGCCGCCCUACGGCGGCGCCAGCUACGGCCUGCCGUCCGGAGAGGCCCCCGCCGGCCAGCCGGAGCCGGUCAAGAGCGCCCCGCCCGUCGGCGCACACGUGCACUCCAACUCCGACAGCGGACGCUCGUCGUCCAGCAAGAGCACGGGCUCGGGGUCGCUGAGCGGGCGGGGCCAGCCCCUGUCGGACAGCGGCUCCAGCGGGCGCUCUCCCGGCCCCGCGGAGGGCUACGAGGGCGUGGUGAGGGACCUGGAGGACAAGCUGAGGGAGAGGGAGAUGGAACUUCAGCAGCUCAAAGAAAACCUGGAUGAGAACGAAGCUGCAAUAUGUCAGGUUUACGAGGAAAAGCAGAAGCGCUUUGAGUUGGAGCUGGAGGAGCUGAGGCAGGGCUGUGCCACCAGGAUGCAGGUAGCCUCCCAGAAGGCCCAGCGGGCUCAGCAGGUGCUUCAACUGCAGGUUUACCAGCUCCAACAGGAGAAGAAGAAGCUGCAGGAGGAUUUCUCUCAGCUUCUGAAGGAAAGGGAGCAGCUGGAGGAGCGCUGCUCCUCAUACGAGCACGAGAAGAUCCAGCUCGGGCCUCGACUAGAGGAGACCAAGUGGGAAGUCUGUCAGAAGUCGGGGGAAAUCUCGUUGUUGAAGCAGCAGCUGAAGGAGGUGCAGAGCGAGAUGGCCCAGCGCGUGGGGGAGAUCGUCUCCCUGCGGGGUCAGCUCAGGGAGGCCCGCGGAGAGCUGACCAACACCCAGGUGCAGCUCCAGGAGUCCCAGGGCUCCACCCGCACGCGCACCCUGGAGCUGGAGGUGUGCGAGAACGAGCUGCAGCGCCGGAAGAGCGAGGCGGAGCUGCUCAGAGAGAAGGUGGGGCGCCUCGAGGCGGAGCUGGCUAUCCUCAGAGACACCCUGGCCAGUCAGGGCCCGGGAAACCGCCAGUGCCAGGUGUUCCAGGAGGCCGAGGAGCACCUGCUGGCCUACGAGAGCGACGAGGCCAAGGCCCAGCGUCAGAGCGGCGCCGAGGCCCUGCAGAACAUGAAGGCGCAGAUGGACAGGAUGAAGUCCGAACUGGCCUUUGAGCGCCAGCGGGUGGAGCAGCAGGCGGGCUGCUUCGAGGAGGAGCGCAAGAUAUGGCAGGAGGAGAAGGACAAGGUGAUCCGCUACCAGAAACAGCUGCAGCAGAACUACGUGCAGAUGUACCGCAGGAACCGGGAGCUGGAGCAGCACCUGCAGGAGCUCAGCCUGGAGCUGGAGAGCCGAGAGGAGGACGAGGGCAGCGGCAACGAGAUCAACUUCGACGAGAUCGCCGCGACAGAAAUCUAAUGCUCCCAUCGGUCCGUUUUUCACCCUGUUUAUUUGCACUACUGACAGCUAAACGUUUUCCCCUCAGAUCUGCUCUCUGCCGUUUUAGACGGAGACGCCGCGUUGUUCGUCACCAACGAGCAGGAGAGCGUCUCUGAUAUAAAAGUGCAGUCGAAAUCAGCCACACAUCAGCUGAAACCGCUCACACACGAAGGCCGCUGACCCUCAACAGUCACACGCCGAGUCCUGUCGCUUUUCACGUUUUCUAAGUGCUUGUGUGAGUAACUUCACUCAACCUUUGACUGUCCCCCUCCUGUGACGGUCUGACUCCACCCCCCCCCGCUGGGUCCGACACUACACUCCCACUCCGUCAGCUGUCGGCUGGCGUGAGCACAGAGCAUUCGGAGCCCACGCCGCCGUCAGCCGGCGGUGAACGUGGGAUCCCACACAUUCAGCGUGUCACGAUUAGAGUGAACGAAUCCCGGCGGCGUGUUGACGCGAAAGCCCGCUCUCCAGGUGGUGCGGACAGAUCUGCGACCGACCGUAAGCUCGCUCAACUGAUCGGGCCUUUAUGUAAAUUGCAAUAUGACUAAGUCAUAAAGUGCAAUUUUUCCCCUGCUUACAGCAGUCGCCAGGUCCAAUUUGUAAGUCGGGACCAAAAACAAAACGUUUUCUCCCGUUUCAAGGGAUGCUUGACACUAAAUUAGUACUGUGGGUGUAAAGGAUAUUUUGAGCCUCGGUGCAUUCCAGUUGUACAGUAUCUAACAACACAAGCUUGUCUUUAAAUGACUUUAGUGCAGAAUGUGAGCAGAACUUCAGUGACUAAUGACCCUGACUUCAUAAAGUUUUAAAAUCCCAGCUGUCUGCUUUCUACACGGCAGACAUUAGUUGGAAAAACGUUCACAGUGGCUUUUUUUAAGCACGGCAGCAAGUUUGUGCGCCGGCUUUUAAUAUCUCUCAAUAUCGUCCAUUGUAUUGAUUGUAAACUAUUUAAUAAGGACUUUUAUUUACCCUCUAAGUACCCAAGGUUUAUGACUUUCGAAAGGGGGCUCAAAUUUAUUCUAUACUUAUUGAUGUAAUGUUAGUAAAUCAGACCCAGAGACGAAAGGAGUGAUGUCAUCUGAAUUUUGGGGUCAUUAUUGAAUUAUUUACACUUGUGCUUUUUCUGCUGUACCGUGUUUAAGGGUGAAAAGAAGCUGAACUUGGAAGCCAUUUUGUUUUCCUCUGGAGACAUCUGUUUUUCAGUUGUUCUAAAAUAUGAAGGAACGCAAUCGCACUUAGUGAAUAUGACGUCUACAACCGUAAAAUUACACGAGAGAUAUAAUGUUUUCAGAUUCGAUUCGUUUGGAUUUCUGUGUGCAAAGAACCUGCAGAAUGGCCUGAUGAAGAGAGUAAAUUAUUUCCUGAUUAGAUUAAGUUUUAAUGAGUCGGUGGGAUUUAGACCCACUGGCUUGCAGCGCCGUCCAUGCUGUCUUAAAAACACCAAAAGAAAAAUAAAUGGACAGCAGCCACCUUUAUAAUCGAUGGCAAAAAACACAAAAAACGGCUGAAUGAUGUCUGUUGUCUCAUCUCAUCCUCUCCCUGGGUUUAAAAUUGUCAUGGAUUCAUCUACUUUUUCCAGGAAAACCUAUUUUCACACAAUAAGGAGAAGCGUGUCGCAGCACUGAAACACAUUUAUCUCUUUAAAUGGAGAAAACCCUUUUUACCUCCAUUUCUGAGAGGGUUGUCGAUGGCGCAGUGCUGUGUGCUGGGCCAGCGGGUUACAAUUCUCAACUGAAGCUAAAGCGAAAAGAGGAACUCUUGCACUGAACAAUGUCACACAAGUGUUCACUGACCUUUUAAAAUAUAGAAUAAUGUAUUUAGUUCCCCGUUCCCAGAAGACGCCUCGUGUGAGUCAUUUAUCCUGUAAAUAAGCCAUUUAUUCCAGAGACGUGUGCCCGUCUCAGAAAAUAAAAAACAUAGCCACUGUGAAUAGACCAAAGCAAUGUCCCACACAUGAUCCUUUCCUCCUGCAGAUACGAUGCCUGUAUAUUACCGUUGGUGUGGAUGUUUGUUUUGGUUCCUCAGUAUAAUUUUAUAAUCCACAAUAUUUGUAUGAAGGCAUUAAAUGUAUAUUUUCAUGCUGUACAUUUCUUUAAAAAAAACCCAAUGGGGUUUUAAUUAAAAAAGACAAAA